AAAUUUUGCAAUGGUAAAGUAUAGGAAGAAAUCUUCGGGGGUCAAAAGUCAGGGAAUGGUCCGUUCCCUGCUUGUUUACCCGCAUAUCUGGCAUCAUCAAAUGGAAAUAUUAUUGUACAGCUGAAUUUGAUUGAUUCAUGUUUUCUCCCGGGUACCGGUACAUGUGAACUAGGCUACAAUUGAUACCGGUAUAGUCUAAAGUUACUUUUCAACAUGAGUCUUGGAAAAUAUGGUGGAUUUCAUGUUACAUUUGUUCGACAUGGUGAAACAGACUUAAACAAAAACAAAAUUGUUCAAGGACAGGGUGUGAAUGCUGUGUUGAAUGAAAAAGGACAGGCACAGGCACGAGCUUUAGGAGAAUAUCUUACUCAUGAAGUUUAUUCACAUGUGUAUUCGAGUGAUCUCCUUCGUGCAAAAGAAACAUGUGAAAUAAUACUUUCACAAAAUGACCUUAAAUCAAUCUCAGAAUGCCUCAUUUUUGAUGAAAGAAUUCGAGAACGAAAUUAUGGAGAAGCAGAAGGAUUUUCAAAAGAAGCUUAUGAAGCAAUGAUCAAGUCGGGGAAAGAAAAACCUGAUGGAGCAGAAUCUUUAAGUGAAGUUGCAGCAAGAGCAGUGUUAUUUUUUAAUGAGUUGUGCGAUAUGGUAUAUAAUUUGAAAGCUGAAUCUAUUCCAAAUAUACUUGUUGUGUCACAUGGCAGAUUACUUGCAACACUAAUAACUGAGUUUUCAGAAAAAUUUGGCUGCUCUUUUCCACCUGGAAAACUGGGUGUGGUCGGGGGUAAUACAUCUCGUACAUGCUUCAAAGUACAAUUCCAUAAAGACUAUGGAAUUAGUAAUUGCCAAAAACCAUUUUCGAAAAGAAUACAAAUGCAUUGUACUGCGUUGAAUAACAGCGACCAUCUGAGUGAAAACCAAAUCAAUUCAGACAAUGACAUAGAUGCAAAAAACUAAUGCUUGUAUAUCAUUAAGUUGAAUUAAUAAGUUAGUACAAGUCUAUUUAUAAUACACUUCAAUUAUCUGCAUCUUUACAAUUGAGCACAUUUUGUACAUUUCCUCAUUAUCACAGAGUGCAAUUUAGUCCAAAUAUGUUUAUUUGUUUUAAAUUAUUUGCUCCUCUUCUUUUCAAUAUAUAUUUAGGAAAUGCAGAAUGCACUUAUUUUUAUAAUCAUGCCACCGAGACUAAAUUAAAUUGCAAUCUCAACAAAUUCCUUGAGCUGUUUUUCAGCUAAAACAUCAAAAUUUGGUUUUAGUUUGGCUGUGGCAGCAUCAUGCUGUCCUGAUUGAAUUACUGAACAGGUCAGAUUUGGCCUGCAGGUUGUAAUUUGUCUAUGUCAGCCUUACACAUAAUAAGAUGUGUUUAAAAAACUCCUCCUGUAAGACUGGUAGAAGGUUAUUUUAAUUGAAGAUUUGUGAAAUAUGCAGCCUGUUUGUUAUUCAGCUGUUUGCCACCAGUAAAAAAAACCUCAAAUUUAACUUAUGCCCCACUUACACGCAGCACACUUUAGGCGGCUGUUGGAAAAAAUCAUCUUAAUUCCUACUAAAAUGUCCGGGAUAGGAAUUUUUUUUAUAUAUGCUUUAUCUGUGAUCGUUUGCAUGAAGAUUAUGAUUUCCUUUACUGCACUAUUCAGUUUUAGAUAUCAAUAAUAUUUCGCCACUGACAAUCAGUAGGAAGUAAUCAGUUAUGAAUUUUAUUAUUUAUUGGAUAUUAUACUAAUAAAUGGAUAUUAUAUUGUCAUAAUCAUAGAAACAAAGUGUGUUAGUCACUCAUACUGACAGUUACGGUAACUCUUUAUAGCCUGGGCUUACGUUGUUAUAUUUAUAGACAAUAUGAUGGAUAUUAAUCAAUCGUAUCUAUGACUAGAUUUUCCAUUAUACCUAAGCUACCAAAAGUAAUUUAUAGGACAAUUAAUGACAACAUAUCUGUUUCAAAAUUUCUAUAUAUUUUGAUGUCAUUUAACAUAACGGUGUGGUGUUAUUUUUUAUUUCAAACGGUUUAAGAAAUAUUGUGAUUAGUGCAAUCAUUGGAUUUAAACGGUUACAAAAACUUUAAUCCUCUUUAUAUACUCUAUAUAUGCACACGAACUUGUAAUAG